AUGAUCGUUCACGUAGUUCUAUUUCUGCUAACGUUCGCAGCCACUCUCAGUAAAUGUGGUCGAAACAAUGGUAAUGGAGCAUGUAAUAAUGACGUCUAUAACAACGGAUAUACCACCGUUAGUAGCUUCGUAACCCCGCCUGAUACCUAUGCUGUUAUGCCUCCAUCUCCACCUGCGUAUCCAGCUCCUCCUCCACCCCCACCACCACCGCCUCCUCCUCCACCACCGCCACCACGACCACCUUCUUAUGCGACCGCUUAUCGCGGACCGACUGUUUAUAGUCAAGUCUCAGAUUCUCCAGGCCCAUAUAGAAAGAAAAACCUCAAGGCAGCAGCCAAGCGACGUUACUAUCAAAAUAGGCGUUUCGCGAAUCUGCAAAGAAAGGCUGUGAAGCGCAGAGUGAAAGCACGAAAGGCUGUACGGACAAAGCAUGCCUAG